UGUUACGCACGUAUAUAUUUGUUCAUGGUCAACAACUAGCAACUUUACAAUGCAUUUUCUUUUAGCUCAUCGCUACCGUACGCUUCAACACUAGUACUUCACUAUGGCCUCCGGAGAUAUUUUUCUUUGUGAGGAUUGUUCGAAACAGUUCAACGCUCGUGGAGGAUAUAAUCGACAUCGAAAGACGCACUCCAAACCAUACCCGUGCGACAAGUGUGCGAGGAGGUUUGCACUUCGAUCAGAUCUCAAGCGACAUGCACUCGCUCGACACCGGCUCGGGCAGAGCAAGUAUGACUGCUCUGUCGAAACCUGUACUUUCAAGGCAACACGCAAAGAUAACCUUCGCCAACAUAUUCGCCAAAUCCAUCCAACCCACUUUUCUAAACAGGAACGGGGCACUAAGCAACGAGACUUGCUGCUCUCUUUGGAAUCGGCUGAGACUUCUGCGAAGACCAGAACCAGACAACAACCGUUGUUACUUCCUACAAUGCUGCAAGCGGCAAGUACAGGCAACAUCCCUCUUUUAGUGUCAACACUAGACGCUGGUAUUGAUCUGUCAAUGGAGGCCGACGAUGGGUCAACUGCGCUGCACUGUGCCGUGAAGACCAAUCAACUAGAUAUGAUCCAGUUUCUUAUUCGGAUGGGAGCAGAGCUCGAAACUCGGAAUCUUAAGUGGCGAACGCCAUUGUACGAAGCAGUGUUGAGCCGGCACCAACCUACCAUUGCUCUAUUGGUAGCGAGUGGAGCAAAGUUAACGAAGGAAUUGGCCGAUAACAUGAUCAGUACAGAUCAGUUCGAACUCAUACGAAGCACUGUACACCAUAUCGAGGGAAAUCGGGAUAUAAGCCGCCAGGAAAAAAGUCCCGAUGAGGUCUCGUUCUUGCACAAACUAGUGUCUGGUUCACAAACCGACUUCGACUGGAACUCUGAGCGUGAACAUCACAUCCUGCGUAGAAUCAUAACACAAGAUUGUACAUCAAUACUCAGCCAUCUCCUAGACUCCGGUAAACUCAAUCCAAACUUCCGGUUCAGGAGUUCGUCAUCUUUGUUACAUAUUGCGGCGAUGAGAGGAUGUACGAAAACAUUGAAAUUGUUACUCACAUGCAAAAAUACCGUAGUCAACCGGAGAGACCGCGCUGGUUAUAUUCCUUUGGAAAGGGCAGCACACCAUGGCCACCUAGAUCUCAUACAAAUUCUGCUUGCAGAUGAAAGAAUCGGCUAUGAGGAGAUGGAAAAGAACAAACGAUCAUUGCUACGAGCAUCCGCUUUUGGUCGACAAUGGAGCAUGGUCGAUUUUCUCUUGUCGAGCAAAGCAGAAAGUGCGGCAUUCGAAAGCACGCCGAGCAAAACGACAACACUGACGAAAGAAGAAGCUAUGGGCAUUGUAAGGAGGCUCUUAAGCUACAAAGACUUUUCUAUAAACGAGAAGGAUAGAGAUGAGCGAACACUCUUACACAUAGCGGCGCAGCACGACGAUGCGAGCUUAGUGGAGCUGUUACUUGAUCACGACGAUGUUCAAGUGAAUAGUAUGGAUAAUAGGGGAGAAGCCGCUCUAAACGUUGCUGCGCAGAGUGGUUCCUGCAGAGCUUUGCAGUCUCUCCUCAAACAUGAAGAUGUCGGCAUAAACUAUCGGAGUUACGACGGAUCGACAGCGUUGCAUGAUGCCGUGUGGAAGAACCAGAUAUCUGCGGUACAGCUAUUGCUCAACCACAAAGACAUCAACCCCGAACUCCACACAAUUUCUGGUUCGACUGCUCUAGAUCUUGCAAAACGGUAUGGCCGUACCGAAAUCGUCAAUCUUCUCGAAGCUUAUGGAGCAAAAGGCUCAAUCAGCAACGAGAAGCAGCCCAUCGCACCACCAAACGAAGUCAUCCCCACCGACAACUGCAUAGGCGGAAUGCAAAACACAGACGAAACAGACUUGAAUUUCGACAUCUCUACAUUCUUGGAUCUGGAUUUCGAAGCCGAAAUGGAGGACGUGGGUAGCAGUGAAGAUACAGUAGACUCGAGGUAUCACAACGGGAGUUUUCGUCCAUGGUGACGCGGCGAUCAGUCCCAAGAGAGAUUUGUGACAGGGACAAAAGCAGUGAUAUGUUUCGGAUAUCAAGCGGUGGAGAAACGUGGGAUGUUGAGUUAGACCGCGUCGAAAGAUUUCCAUUCCCUUCAAAUCCAUAUGUAUCCAUCAGACCGUUAUCAAAUUGAACUUCUUUCCAAC